CGUCCGCGAUAUAAUUCCCUCUUUUGCCCGGAGAUUCCUUUCACCACGCCGUUCUUCCUUGUCGCAAAAACCCUUCCCUAGGGGUUUUCGGAAUCGAUUGAUUCGCAGUCUUUUUAGGUUUCAUUUAACACAUCAAUUUAUUCUAUUUGUUAGUCGGGCUAUGGAUGCUCGUAAGAGAGGGAGGCCUGAAGCUAAAGCCAAUGGCGGUGCAAAGAAAUUCAAGCCAGAAUCAAAGUUGGUGGGAAGCAAAUCAAAGCCUUGCAUGAAGUUUUUCAGCAUGGAUGGGUGUCCAUUUGGCGAAAACUGUCACUUCCUCCAUUUCUUCCCCGGAGGCUACAACGCUGUGGCACAAAUGAUGAACCUCCCACCCACUUCCACUUCCGCCUCAUCCACCACCUCCACCACCCAAAACACCGCUACUAAAUCCAAAAUCUGCAACAAAUACAACACUGCAGAAGGCUGUACAUUCGGCGACAAAUGUCACUUUGCCCAUGGUCAAUGGGAGCUCGGUAAACCCAUCACCCAAUCUAACGACAACCCCCAAACCGCCCUUCCACCCACCACCCGCUUCACAGCUCCACCACCACAACAACUACCACCGCCAGGGAUUGCCUCCAGCUUUGGUGCCUCAGCCACGGCCAAAAUUAGCAUCGAUGCGUCUCUUGCGGGUACCAUUAUUGGAAAAGGCGGGGUGAAUUCAAAGCAGAUAUGUUGGAAAACGGGGGCCAAACUUUCGAUUCGAGAUCAUGAGAGUGAUGUGAGUCUGAAGAAUAUUGAGCUUGAGGGGACUUUUGAUCAAAUUAAGGAAGCGAGUGCGAUGGUUAGUGAGUUGAUAUUGAGUGCCAGUUUGCAAACUGCUGGUGGUGGUGGCCCACCGCCAGGUGUACACCAUGGUCCACUAUCAUCAGUGAGCAACAAGAAGACUAAAUUGUGUGAGAAUUUUGCAAAGGGGUCUUGUACCUUUGGUGACAAGUGUCACUUUGCUCAUGGGGCUUCUGAGUUGCGGAAAGCAGCAAGGGUGUGAUGUUUAGUUUUUGUUUGUUAUGGUGUUAUUCUUAUAUUAUUGUAGAAGAAAGCGUUUGCGUUAUACUUGUAUAGUAUUUAGUUUUUGUUUGUUAUGGUCAAUUGUUUGUUUAUUUGGGCAAGUUAAAGUAGAUAUUACCUUUGGUGGAUA